AUGUUAAUUUUAUCGGUUCUAUUCAUAUAUGUUACAGUAGCAUCAAACUCACUCUGUGUAUAUUUAAACCAAAAUGCAAGUUGUAAAAAUAGCUUAAAUCAGGAUUAUAAUAAACAGAAUUACACAUUUCUAAACCCGUUAAAUAUAAUAAAGUCCUGGGGGACUUUUAAAGGAAAAGAUGAACGUAAAGUUGAUUAUGACGACGAUCAGAUAUCCAGAACAAUAAAUUUACCGAGGAAUGUUUGGCCUUCUUUCCCAGACGUCAACGAGGCGGGAAUUGAACGGCAAGAAAGAGUACAAAAAUACUGGGAGGAACGAAAUGUGUACUCUAAAUUGUUUGAAGAACGGUUGUUGCGUAUUUUAAAAAAAUCGAAGAAGUAUAAAUUUUUGAGAAAUCAAUUUAAAAUUAUAUAUGAUGGGCCUCCGUAUGCAAAUGGAGUUCCACAUUUGGGCCAUUUCCUGAACAAAACCAUAAAAGAUGUGUUCUUAAGGUUUUUCUUGCUAAAAGGACGUUUGCCCAUAAUGAUCCCAGGCUGGGAUUGCCAUGGAAUGCCAAUAGAGCAUAAAAUUUUAAAAAUGUACAAUACUGAUGAUAAUUUAGAUAGAAUUAACACCGAGUUGAUUCCAAAUUUAAGGGCCAAGGAGGAGGAGCCGGACCCUGAAAUCCACGAGAUUUUCAAGUCCGUUGAACACCCGCUCUUCACUCCCGAAGGUUUAAAGUAUGUAAAAAAGUAUAUUAACAAGAUUGAAGAUAGGUCUGAGGCUGAAGAGGAGCAGAAACAACGAGAGGAUAAAAAGAAUUGGAGUAUCUUUGUGAGAGAUAAAUGCCAAGAAUUGGCCUAUAGAAGUAUAAAAGCCCAAAUGACAUAUUUUAAAAACGCUGGAAUUUGGGCCUUCUGGGACUAUUACUACGCUACUUAUCACUCUAGAUUUGAAAAGCAGGUCAUGACCACAUUCAUGAAGUUUUUCGAUAGUGGCCUCAUUUACAAGGCCGAACUGCCACAGAUUUACAGUAGUAAAAGUAAGUCAGUGUUGGCAGAUUCUGAAGUGAUUCAGAAGACUAAAAGAGUCCUAACCUCGUUCAUAACAUUUAAUGUGGAUUUAAACUCCUGUACAAGAGGAGUUUUAAGGAACCUUAAGGAAAAGAUGGAAGAGUUGGGCUUGAAAGACUUGAAGUUAGUAGCCUGGACUACUACCAGUUAUACGAUUCCAGGUAAUAAAGGAUUAGCUGUAGAUUCAAAAGGAGAUUACCAUUUAUACAGAAAAGGUAAUUCACUGUACAUAAUGAAUGAUUUACCAACUAACUCAACAGAGCCUUUUUGGUCAGAAUUUAAGCCAAUACGGGACUUAAAUCAGUUAAAUCCGACAACUGAGCCAAAAGAAACUCAAUUAAACAAAUCCACAGAAUCAAAUGGAGUUAAUUCGAAGGAAUUUAUAAUUGAUGGUUACGACUUGGGUAGUUUAGAGUAUUUUGACCCAGUCUACGGUCACAAGUUUAAUGUAUAUUACGGUAGUUAUGUGGACUUUAAAAAAGGGACUGGGAUAGUCCAUUUAAGCCCGGCACAUGGUUUUGAUGAUUAUAACACAAUUAGGAGAGAUGAUAGGUUUGUUUCAAUAAAGAGUAACACUGGUUUCAAUUUCUGUAACCUGUUUGACAAGGACGAGAAUUUUUACCCAGAUAUCCACUUCGGACUAAUAGGAAUGAACAUAAGAGAUUUCAACGAGAAUACCUUGGCAGAGUUAGUGGGAGAUAAUUUGCUAAAGUAUGAAUAUAAGGAUAUAGAUGUGGAUGUGGAUUGGAGGUGUGAGAAUCUAGUUCACACAAGACUGACAAACCAGUAUUCACUAUCACUGCCUCAGAGAGAAGAGAUUUUACAACUGUUAAACAGCGUUAGAAUAACACCCGGUUCCGCGCGUAAAUAUUUAAAUAAUAUAAUAAGGGCAAGGAAUAGAGACUGGUGUCUGUCGAGGCAGAGGUACUGGGGAGCACCAAUACCAUAUGAAAAUAAUGAAUGUUUGAUGUUGCAAACAUCACCUGAGGAGGGUUUAUCUCAGAAGGUUUGGAAGAAGUCAGAGGAUAUUUUAAACACCAUGGAUGUCUGGUUCGAGUCAGCAAUGGUUAGCGAGCAUACAAUUGACGAGGCGAUGUACAUCAUUAGCCAAAUUCUUAAAAUGAGCCGAUACAAAUUUAGUAUUAGUGUUGAUGAUCUUCUUAAGAAAAUUAAAAUCGAAGAUGUGCUCAGAAAUUCGCAAAAAUACGUAAUUGAAGGGCAGGACCAAAACAGAGGCUGGUUCCAAGCACUUUUAAUCGUUAGCAUGUUGACAAAUACAGCUGAAAAGUUAUCUAAAACUAGUGAAUUUGACCAAAGAACUAACAGGAUAAUUAAUAAUGGUAAGCCUGUGGAAAAGGAAAUCGCACCCUUUGAUAAUUUGUUUACACAUUUCUUUGUUAAACUAAAGGAUCAAAAACUUAGUAAAUCGAAACAGUCUUCUCAGCUCGAUCAAAAUGUUGAUAAGGCUUUAAAUGGAACCAAGGAAUUAGUGCCGGUUAAUAAGGACAUUGAUGUUCUAUAUUAUGGAUAUAAGCCAGGAGCUGGUGAUAAUAAAAUCAACCUUGAAUUUAAUCAAAUUAAAGAGAAGAUUAAGCCGGGAUAUGAUAUACCACAGUUACUCGAGCCAUCUACUACUAGUUCUGAUACCUUGAGUAGUAAAGGAAUUGAAGAAUUAGAUCGGGAAAGUAAUAUGUAUAUGAAUGUAGAUUUAUUGCGUACAUUAGUUUGUAAUAAUGACUUCUUUAGUCACGAUUUGGAGCUGUCCGUUGAUUCAUUUAAGUCCUCACAACAACUUCAAAAGAAAAUUGUUAAUUGUUUCAAGUAUAUUAUUGGUGUUUUAACAGAACCUAGCCCUUCAGAUAACUCACUUGUUGUUGACUCUGUAAAAGAUGACACAGGUAAUUCACAAUUGGGCCAGGAUAAAAAAGGAGAUUGGGGUGUAUUUAGUAUACCAGAAGUUCGUUCUUCUAGAUUAAAGAAAUACAAAUUGAAUGGAAUGGAUCUGUACUUUUUAUCCCAAGGAUACUCUUUGGCAGAGUCAUCAAAUGAGUGUUACCAGAGGGGUCAAUUUUUCAAAGUUCUAGGCCUGGUUGAUAAGUUUAUAACUUCACUCUCCAGUGUUUAUUUAUCGUACAUUAAAAACUUUUUAUACGUGUACGACAGAGAAGAUGAGAAGAAUAAAGCUAUCAGAUUUGUGCUCGUGAAACUUCUUUACAUACUUCUGAGGGUCUUGGGACCAAUAGUUCCUCACUUGUGCGAGGAUAUUUAUAGGUCAAUUAACCCUGAAGCGCUGUCACUAUUCAGAAAAGGAUGGCCAACAAGACCCGAGUCGCUCAAGGAUCUCACUGAACUAGUUGGCAUAGCAUUAACUGUUAGGAAACUAAUCAAUAAACAGCAUCCACAUGCUAAUAACUCUAUUCUAAAGCUUGAAAAUAACCAAAUUACAGAAAUCUUAGGUCAACUAGAGAACGAACAUAAUGUCGAUUUGAGCUUAUUGUUUAACGUGGCUGGAGUAGAAUUUGUGGAUAAGCUGAAGAACGGUCACGGCGAUGGAGUUGUGAAGUAUGAUUUGGUGAAUUCUGAGUAUAAAAAGUGUAAAAGAUGCUGGCUGUUUAAGGAAAGUGUUGGAGAAAACCUGCUCUGUAACCAAUGUCAGGAUUUUUUAAAUAAUUACUACACUAAAACUAAGUAA